AGGGAAAGAAUGCAGCAUUCAUUCUUUGACAAAUUUACCAAUUUUCACUUUUUUUUUCCUCCUUCCCUUCUUAACAUUUUAGAUUAGUCUUUGCUGCCUCCAUUUCCUUGUCGUAUGUUUUUCGGUUCCGGCCACUUUCUCGCCCUUCUUUCCCGGCCCUCUCGCCGGAAUCCGUUUCCUAGAUUUCUAUUUCCUUUCCCCGGGAAAUUGGGGUUUUACGUUUACUUUGACUACCGUUUGAAUGAUUUUGUUAAAUAAGCUGAUCUGAGCUUUAGCUGCAAAGCUUUCUAUUAGUGUCUUUGCUUUGUCUUUUUCAAGCUAAUCAGAUAUUAACAGCUCAAUAGUUUAGAUUUUUUUUUUGUCUGAGAGUUCAAGGGGGAAUAAAAACAAAAAGAAAUGGAAGUGUCGGCCGCCGGAGCCGCAUCUACAUCCAACGCGGCAGCUCCAAAUUCGGCUGAAGGUGUUGUGCAGGAGAACAAUAGCAUCAACCCGGAGCUAUGGCAGGCAUGUGCCGGGCCGCUGGUGAACCUGCCGGCUGCUGGGACCCACGUUCUGUACUUCCCUCAAGGACACAGCGAACAUGUUGCCGCGUCAAUGAAGAAAAUUGUGGAUGCUCAAGUUCCGAACUACCCGAAUCUUCCAUCUAAGUUGUUAUGUCUCCUUCACAAUGUCACCUUGCAUGCUGACCCAGAGACGGAUGAAAUCUAUGCUCAGAUGACACUCCAACCCGUUUCUUCUUUUGAUAAGGAGGCAUUACUGAGAUCAGAACUUUCUCUUAAGCCAAAUAAGCCGCAACCAGAAUUCUUCUGCAAGACGCUGACAGCAAGUGAUACAAGCACUCAUGGAGGUUUUUCUGUUCCUCGUCGUGCUGCUGAAAGUUUUUUCCCUCCUCUUGAUUUCUCAAUAGAAUCACCUAAUCAAGAACUUGUGGCCAGGGAUCUUCAUGAAAAUGUCUGGAACUUCCGCCAUAUCUAUCGAGGGAAACCAAAGCGCCACUUGCUUACCACAGGUUGGAGCCUAUUUGUCAGUGUUAAGAGACUCCUUGCUGGUGAUUCAGUUUUAUUCGUUAGAGAUGAAAGACGACAGCUUCUCUUGGGCAUAAGGCGUGCCAACAGGCAACCCACCAAUUUAUCGUCGUCAGUAUUGUCGAGUGAUAGCAUGCAUAUUGGAAUCCUCGCUGCAGCUGCUCAUGCAGUAGCAAACAAUAGCCCCUUUACAGUGUUCUAUAAUCCAAGGGCUAGCACUUCUGAAUUUGUUAUUCCUUUAGCCAAGUAUUAUAAAGCUGUGUAUAACAAUCAAUUAUCACCUGGCAUGCGCUUUCGAAUGAUGUUUGAAACUGAAGACUCAGGAACAAGAAGGUAUAUGGGAACAAUUACGGGAAUCAGUGAUAUCGAUCCUGUAAGAUGGAAAAACUCACAAUGGCGAAAUUUGCAGGUUGGUUGGGAUGAGUCAACUGCCGAGGAAAGACAUAAUCGAGCCUCCAUUUGGGAAAUUGAACCAAUUACAGCUCCAUUUUUCAUCUGUCCACCUCCAUUCUUCAGAUCAAAGCGUCUUAGGCAACCCGGAAUGCCAGAUGAUGAAUACUCUGACUUUGAUAAUAUAUUCAAGAGGUCAAUGCCUUCGCUUGGUGACGAUGUAUGCAUGAAGGAUUCACAUUUGCUUCCAGGGGUUAGCCUGGUCCAAUGGAUGAAUAUGCAGCAACAUCCUGUGCUGGCAAACUCAAUGCAUCCAAAUUUCAUGCAGUCUCUGGCUCGAUCCACUAUGCAAAACUUUGACGGAGCAGAUCUUUCCCACCAGAUGGGUCUGUCAGCACCACAAAUACCUCAGCCCAACAUGCAGUUCAGUGCUCAUAGGUUACCUCAGCAAGUACAGCAACUCAAUCAGCUUCCAAAGCUGCCAUCUAUGAUGAACUCAGUGGGAUCCAUUAUGCAGCCACAACAGCUGAAUGGCAUGGUUCAGCAGUCGGAGCAAAAUUUGAUUGCUCAGACUCUACCCUCUGGUGAAGUUCGGGCUCAAAUUUUGCAGCCUCAAGCCAUUGUCCAAAGUAACAAUAUCCUUCAGCAGCAGCAAACUUCUAAUCAAACUCUUCAACUCCCUCAAAGUCUUCCUCAAAACCUGCAGCAGCAGUAUAUGGAUCCAAAUCAACCACAAAACCUAAUGCAUUCCCAGCUGCCUGAUCCACUCAGCCAACAUUUACAAGUGCCUGACAUCCAGGUUCAGUUUCAACUGUUGCAGCAGCUUCAGCAGCAACAACAGUUGCUUUUGUCACAGCAGUCCACACUUCAGAAGCCUGGUCAACUUGCCCAACCCCAAGAUCAACAAAGUCACCUCUUAGAUGCUUCUCAGGCCUUCUCUAGGUCCAUGGCAGCUAGUCAAGUGUUGGAUAUGCCUCAAAACUCCCCCACCUUGCUACCUCAAUCAAAUGUUGCCCCACAUCAGACACCUAAAAGUAACAGCCAGGCAAAUGUUCAGUUCUCUCAAUCACCUCUGCAGUCAAAGCUUCAGCAACAGCAACCUGGAAUUCUGCCUGAAGUUCCUGGUCAUGUGGAUCCCUUCCGCACAACUGCAAAAAAGCAACCAUCCAAUGCUGUUAGCAGUGUAAUGACAUGUGCUGCUGUAGCUGCUCAUUCUGUGAUCACUGAUGAUAAUCCAUCGUGUUCCACUUCACCAUCUACAAACUAUCCAAGUGUUCUUCAGCCAAUGAUAAACAGCAGAGUCCACAAGAGUACUGGAUUAGGGGAUGGCAUCACUCAGUCUGCUGCCACAAUCUUGAAUCCUUAUCCCUUGGAGGCCAUGUCACCUAAUGUUAAUAUAGUUGAAGAGCUUCAGAAAAAGUAUGAUUUUAAACCCUUAUCGAAUAUCUCCAAGAGUCAAAACCAAGGCCUUUAUACCCUACAAAACUAUAUCAAUGGUGCUACUGUACAUGCAGAUUACCUGGACACAUUAUCUUCUACGACUUCAGUUUGCCUUUCUCAGAAUGUUCAUUUGCAGCAAAACUCAUCGACUUACAACCCUCAAACAAUGUUGUUGAGAGACACAAGUCAAGACGGGGAAGUUCAGGCAGAUCCAAGGAACAAUGUUUCAUAUGGAAAUAAUAUGGAUAGCCGAAUUGGGAUACCCAUGAAUUCUGACACUUCAUUGACGAAAUGCAUGAUGGAGCUGGGGAAGGAUUUUUCAAAUAACAUCUCUUCGGGAGGAAUGCUCACAAGCUAUGAAAACCCUAAAGAUGCUCAGCAAGAACUUCCAUCGUCAAUUGUUUCCCAGUCAUUUGGAGUUCCAGAUAUGACGUUUAACUCCAUUGAUUCCACUAUAAACCAUAACAGCUUCACAACCCGUAGUGCAUUGACCCCACCGCCACAAUUUCAGAGAAUGCGAACAUUUACCAAGGUUUACAAACGCGGGGCUGUUGGAAGAUCAAUAGAUAUAACUCGUUAUUCAGGUUAUGAUGAGCUCAAACAAGAUUUGGCUCGUAGGUUUGGCAUUGAGGGGCAGCUGGAAAACCAAGGGAGAAUAGGCUGGAAACUAGUCUACGUGGAUCACGAGAAUGAUGUUCUACUAGUUGGAGAUGACCCAUGGGAGGAGUUUGUCAACUGUGUCCGAAGCAUCAAAAUCCUCUCCCCUCAAGAGGUCCAGCAGAUGAGUGUGGAUGGAGAUUUCAGGAACUCUGCCCUGCCUAAUCAGGCCUGUAGUAGCUCUGGCAAUGGAAAUGCAUAAACUAGUAUAGCAACAGGCUAAUGACCAUUACCAGUUCGGAGCUUAUACAGUUUGUACGAUUGGAUUCGGUUGAUCGCUUUCCAUACGGUGUAUAUUUUCGGCAUAUCUUUCUGCCUUCUGCCGGAAAAGGAGAGAUGAUUGGUGAUAGGAGCAGAAAAGGAGGAAAAGUGUGGCCUCACUCACAAUCAAGCCAUGAAGGGACAGUUAAUCUGCUUGAGCUUGGGUUUGAUUAUGUAAGAAAUUGGUACUCCAUUUGCCAAUGUAGGUUGAUUCAAUUGGUUCAGUAUUCAUUAGUGGCUUGGUAAGAACUAAGGGUAGAGUCUUACCAGCCAUCGCAUUGGCCUGUCAAAAACUUUGAAUUCACAUUUGAUCGUUUCCUCAAGUGUACUUUAAUAUUUGUACAAACAAGAUUCUGAAUUUUAUGGCUUAGUUCCUUUUGUAUGAUAAAUAUGUUGAAUUGU